AUGUAAAAACUAAGACGUGAAGCAAUAGAGAGAGCCAAAUUAAACUCAGCUUGUAAUACAAUGAUUAGUACCUUAUUUGUAGUCUUGGUCACACUUCUUACCCUCUUCAUAUGUGAUCUUUCAGGUUUAGUGCAAUUGGAUAAACCAUUAUAAUACGUUUCUGCAGCGAAUGCAAUUAAAGAUUAAAUCCCAGAGAGGAAUUUCAUAUCAGCAUCUUAGACAGGCACGCUAGAACCAUUAUAAGGACAGCAUAUUGAUAAGGUGAAUGUGGUUAAACCUAUUAUUGAUCAUAGAGAAUAUAGAUAUUUAGAAUUGGAGAAUAAUUUGAAAGUUCUAUUGAUACACGAUUCAGAAUCAGAAAUGGCAUCGGCUGCUAUGGACGUUAAAGCAGGAUCUUGGCAUGAACCUAAUGAAUAUCCUGGUUUAGCUCAUUUUUGUGAACAUAUGCUAUUCAUUGGGUCGCAGAAAUAUCCUUAAACAGGGUUCUUCGAUGACUUGAUGGCAAAGGGUGGAGGUUCAUCAAAUGCAUACACAGAAGCAUAAAAUACUAAUUAUUAUUUUGAAAUUACUGUGAAUCAUUUGGGAAAAGCUUUGGAUGCGUUUGCUCAUUUCUUUAUUGAUCCCUUAUUUAAUGAAGAUGCAGUAAAUAAGGAAAGAAAUGCCGUUAAUUCAGAAUAUGAAAUCGAUGUAAGCACCGAAGAUUGGAAAGUCGUUAAUCUCUUUGCUCUUUUAGCAGAUCCCAAACACCCAGCAAGCAGAUUCAGUAUAGGAAACAAUGAUGUUUUGGCUAAAGAAGGUGUAGUGGAAGCCUUGAAGAAGUUCUAUUAGGACAAUUAUUCAUCUAACAUAAUGAGUUUGGCUGUUUCCAGUAGGUUAACAUUAAAUGAGAUGGAGAAAAUGGUCAAGGUAUUCUCGAAGAUAGAGAACAAAAAUUUGAUACCUUAGUCGAUUUCAGGAUUUCCAUAUUAGUUUGGAUUAUUGGGUAAAUACAAAACAGAAAAGAAGUUGGUGUUGUUAAAUUGGUAAUUAAGUGGAAGAGAAUAAUUCGUACACUAGAAGCCUUUGGAAUUAAUAGACUAUUUAUUGAAUAACGGAAAUUUGAAGGAUUACUUAAAGGAGAAAUAGCUGGUGAUCGAAUUUGAAUCCUCCAUUUUUAUUGAAUAAAAUCAUUUUGUCAAUUACAUCAUAGAAUUAACAUUGCCAGAACAGCCAUUAGAAGAUGGAAACAUUUCUCUUGAAAUUACAAGAAUUAUCAACAAUUAUAUCCAGCAAUUAGAGGAAUGGCUAAAGGAUGAAAAAUAUUUGGAAGAAAUAUUUAAGGAGCAAAGUUAGAUUACCAAAAUCAAUUUCGAAUACAUGGAAGGACCUUAAGAAAUUUCUAGUAUAGCUAAGAAUCUGAAUAAAUAUGAGCCUGGAGAAGUACUCUCUUCAAGCUUCAUUAUGGAUGUAUUCGACAAAGAUCUUAUAUUAAAAUAUAUUUCCGAGUUGAAGAAAACAGAUAACUUAUUGAUCUUGAUUGGAGAUGAUGAAUACUAAUUUACAGAUAAUACUUUAAAAGGAAAUAAUAAAGAAUUCUUAAAAGACAAGAGAUUGGACAAAAAGAGUGAUAUCUAUAGAUUGGAAUAUGCAACUCAGAAGUUGACAAAAGAUUCUAUUAAAAUCAUCACUCAAAAAGACUCCAAAUUAUAAAAACUAUUUACUAAGCCUCAAGAGAACCUUUUCAUUCCAGACGACCUGAAAUUAGUAUCUUUAUGUGAAUCGAAUCAAUCUAAACUACCUUUGAUGAUACAUUCUGAGCAGUUGAAACCUUUGGAUAAGGAGGGAAAGUUGAAUGUAAUGCUUCAUGCUGGACAGGAUUUGCAAGAGUUCUCUCAAGAUGAGUGUAAGAAGGAGGAGAACGUUUAUUAAAAAAAUAAUCACUAUCCAAUUCUUUUGAAUAAAGAAAACAAUCAAUGGUGGAAGGUCUCUACAUAAUUUAAAUUGCCUGCUGUAUAUGGAGCCUUGUCUAUAUAAUACACUAAACCCAUCACAAUAAGGUAAUUUACAUCAGCCAGAAUUUAUAACUUUAUUUCAGACGAAUAAAUAAAUAAGUAACUCAGGUAACCAUUAACAACUGGGUACUCUGUAGAAUUAGAUAUUGGAAAGCAAAUAGAAAUCAAAGCCUAUGGAUUUAGUGAAAAAGUUAGGAGUUUUUUCAACAGUAUUUGUGGAUGCAUCAAUCCAUUCAGAGAAAAGUCAUAAAGCUUAAUUGAAUUAGAAGAAAAAAAAGAGGAAGAAUCUCCUGAUUUCAUUAGAGCUAAGCAGUCACUUAUUACAUCUAUUAAGGAUAUAUUUUAAUUGAAAUUGUAUGAACAAUCAUUUCAAUUGUAUCUUCCUUCAAUUUUAAGAAAAGACUUUUUUAAUCCUGAAUUAGUCUUACAAUAAAUUCCAGAUAUUACAGAAGAAUAAAUGUUGUCAGAUAUAAAAGAAAUACUCUAAAACUCCAUUUAAAGCUCACUUUUGAUUGGAAAUAUCGAUCAAAAGAAUGCCUAAGAUCUUUCUGCUGAAUUACAGACUUGCAUUUAAGACAAAGAUGCCAAAUUUGAAUAAUAAACAAGAUUACCUAUUUCAGUUUUGAGUUUGAAUGGAAAAAAUUGGGUGUUUGCCAAGUUUGUGGAAUCAGACAAAGGUGAUUUGAAUGGAGUGACAUUAAAUUAUUAUUAAAUUGGUUAAAGAACUUAAGAGAAUUUUGCUUUGAUGAAGGUUCUAUAGCCUUUGCUAAAUUCUUAAGCAUAUAAUCAUUUAAGAACUGAUCUCUAAUUAGGGUAUGUUGUAGCCAUGAAAUUCAAAUAAGUCAGUUGCAUUGAUGGAGCAUUGUUCCUAGUUUAAGGAAACAAAGAAUUGCCAAUGAAGGUCAAUGAAUUGAUAGAAGAAUUCCUAGUUCAAUUUGAUGAAUACUUAAAGACAAUGAAUAAGAAGCAAUUUGAGCAUUUAAGACAUAGUGCAAUUGUUGAAUUGAGACAGAAACCUUAAACUUUGAGUGAAGAAGCAGAUAGGUUGUGGGGAUACAUCAGUUCAGAUGAUUAUUCUUUUGAGGAGAGACAAGUCACUAUUGAAAGUCUGAAAUCAAUUUCAAAGGAAUAAAUAAUAGAAUUCUAUGAAAAUGUAUUCAUUAACAACAGAUCAAAAAUAAGUGUGUAAUUAUAUGGAGAAGGAAUGGUGUCAUAAACUCUAAGUUUGAAGAACAAUGAAGAAUUUGAGUCUUACAUCAAAGCAAACAUUCCUGAAGGGGCUUCACUUUUUACUGAUACCGAAUCGUCGUACUAUGAUUGUCCAAAUGAUGUCAGUUCAGUUUGA